AUGGCGUCUCCUGUAGCGGACCUUGAAGCUGGUCUCCAGGCCAUGCUCAGCCUGAAGCCUCCCGGUGUCUCGGGCUCGCGCAUCACUAGCCUGACUUCGUUAUGCGUCGCCAACAUUGAGGCAAUGCUCAUUCAGAAAAUCUACACCCAUUUCAAAAAGGCCCCCGGAACUCAUAAGCUCGGUGUCCUCUAUGUCGUAGACUCGGUGACGCGCAAAUGGCUUGAGCAGGCAAAGUCGCAGGGGCAAGCAAUAAACAGCUCUGCCUCGGACGGGACCUACGCUGCUGGCGUGAACAGAGUGACAGAAUUGAUGCCCGCGCUUAUGAACGAUAUUCUUCAGUCGUGCCCCGAGCCCCAAAAGGAAAAAAUCAAGAAACUGCUUGAUAUCUGGGAAAAAGGGCAAACUUUCCCACCUUCCAUGGUAGCAUCUUUCAGAGAGCAGAUUGCCGCACCGGCACCUGUGUCGACAACGCCUCCAGGUAGCCCUCCAGCUGAAUUGAUGGCAUCUCUGCAGGGCCGUGCACCAUCGUCGGCCCCGGCCCCAGCCGGCCCGGCUGCCAGUGCUGCUCCAGCAGUUGGCGAUGCACAGUCUAUCCUGGCCGCUCUCAGCAGACUGAAGGCUGGGCAAGAAAAUUCUUCCUCGCAAAGUGCUCCCAAUGUCCCGGCUCCUGCGCCGGCCUACUCAAUUCCUCAGCCUGGUGUGUCGCAAGCCACGCCUCCCGUAGCUCAGUCGCCAUGGUCACAACCACCUCCGCAACAGCCAUCAACGCACCAAGGUGCUCCAUCGUAUCCCCCAAGCACCCUUCCCGGGGCACUGCCAUUCAACAUGCCCCAGAUUCCGGGUCAGCAGGGUCUCCCCGCUGGCAUGCCUAGCUUCCCAGGAAACCAAACAAUGCCGCCCUUCCCUGGCGCAGCAGCACCAGCUAUGCCUCCACUACCAGCAGCUGCCACGGCUGGAAUCGACCCCAGCAUCAUCGCUGUGAUCAAGACUCUAUCGGAACGUGGUGUUCCGGCUGACCAGAUUGCGACCAUUGUGCAGAGCAUGAGUGGCGCACAGGGCCAGCAACAGCCUCCCGCGCCGCAGGCCCCCGCUGUGAAUCCAUAUGGAAGCUGGCAAACGCCAGCAGCGAAGCCGGAUGGCUGGCGAGGGCAGAGCAAUGGAGCGAGGUCCCCUGGAGGGUCCCCACGCAACGGGCAUGGCGGCCGUGAUAGCUAUGGCCGUGAGGAUGGCAAGCGAGACUCCCCUCGAGGGAGCCGCCGAGGCAACGACUAUCGCGACCGCAGCCCUCCCAGGAGACGAGGAGACAACGAUCUCCCACCACCCAACAACCAAUGGGUCGACUUUGACCCGGAGCUGCCCAAAGACCACAUCAAGGUCUUUAGCAGAACACUCUUUGUCGGAGGCGUUACUUGCCCAGAGCACGAGCUACGCUCCAUGUUCAGCAAGUACGGUACGGUGCAAACGUGUAUCGUUAACAAGGACAAGCGCCAUGCCUUUGUCAAGAUGAUCUCGCGCAAGGAUGCCGUCGCUGCGAAGAAUGCGACGCAGGACUCCCGCGAUACCGACAUGCCCCUCCGGACGAGGUGGGGCGUCGGCUUCGGUCCCCGCGACUGCAGCGACUACUCCAGCGGCGUCUCGAUCAUUCCCGUCCACCGCCUGACGGAAGCCGAUGUCAAGUGGAUGCUCACGGCUCCCUACGGUGGCAGUGGCGGUCGCGAGAUCAAGACGGGUCUCGUGGUCGAGGAGCCUGAUAUCGAGAUUGGCGCGGGUGUAUCUUCUAAGGCUAUCAGCCGGCGCAUGCAGACGGACAAGGGCGGCGCCACCGGGCCCAAGUCCACGCGCCAUCGCGAGUCGGACAGUGGGUGGCCUCGCAGGGACAACAACAACAACAACAACAACCGACGAGACGAUGAUAGGAGCCAACAGCAACAGCAGCAGCAGCCACAACAACAGCAGCAAGGCGGCAACAUUCCGUUUCCCUUUGGCAUGGGCAGCUUGCCCAGUGGCAUGCCCAACUUUCCAAAUGGCUUCUUUCCCGAUAUGAACGCUGGCGGGCAGCAAGGAGGUUGGCAGAGGUGA